GCAUGAAGAUUAUUCAAGUGACUAACAUUCAAUGGUAUUCGUGGAGUCUUCCUCGAAGCUUCUGCGCGUCAACAUCAACGAAACCUAGCACAUAUAUCUUCAAUUUUUACCGUUAAAUAAUUUAAUAGAUUAUAGUAACAUCAAAUUGGCGAGAUCAUUUAAAAACAAACAAUGGAUGUUCAAGAAUUUCGAACUCGAGGCAAGGAUAUGGUUGAGUAUAUAUGCGAGUUUAUUAGUAACAUCAAAGACAGACGAGUGACACCGGAUGUAGGACCGGGAUAUUUGAAACCAAUGUUACCCACCGAUCCACCGUUUCAACCUGAAUCUUGGGAUGCUAUUAUGAGAGACGUUGAUUCAAAAAUUAUGCCUGGGAUAACGCAUUGGCAGCAUCCUCGUUUUCAUGCGUAUUUUCCAGCGGGAAAUUCAUUUCCGUCCAUUCUCGGAGAUAUGCUAUCUGAUGCAAUUGGAUGUAUAGGAUUUUCCUGGGCUGCUUCGCCCGCCUGUACAGAACUGGAAACAAUAGUGUGUGACUGGCUAGGGAAAGCUAUUGGUUUACCAAGCGAUUUUCUAUAUUUUAGCGAUAAAAGUCAAGGUGGAGGUGUUCUUCAGGGUUCAGCUUCAGAAUGUAUUUUAGUAUGUAUGUUAGCAGCUAGAGCUCAAGCAAUAACUCGACUAAAGGAAUCAUCAAUUCAUUCACAUUUAGAUGAAACAGUUCUUUUAGGAAAACUAAUGGCUUAUUGCAGCAGAGAAAGCCAUAGUUGUGUAGAAAAAAAUGCAAUGAUUUGUUUUGUUAAAUUACGAAUAUUAGAACCAGAUGAAAAAAGUAAGCUUCGAGGAGAAACAUUACGCCAGGCAAUCGAAGUUGAUAUUGCCGCGGGUUAUAUACCAUUUUUUGUAUCUAUAACGCUUGGUACAACAGCAUGUUGUUCUUUUGACAAUCUGGAUGAAAUUGGACCUCUCUGUAAAAAAUAUCCUGGAAUAUGGCUACACGUUGAUGCUGCAUAUGCGGGCAAUGCCUUUAUUUGUCCAGAGUUGAAAUACUUAAUGACAGGCUUAGAACAUGCAGAUUCAUUUAAUACAAAUCCUAAUAAAUUUCUACUAACGAAUUUCGAUUGCUCGUGUCUCUGGGUGCGCGAUCGAUUCAAAUUAACGAGCGCUUUGGUUGUCGAUCCACUAUAUCUCCAACAUACACAUGCAGAUACUGCCAUCGACUAUAGACAUUGGAGUAUACCAUUGAGUAGAAGAUUUCGAUCUCUAAAAUUAUGGUUUGUUAUAAGAAACUAUGGAAUUUCUGGCCUUCAAAAUUAUAUUCGUAAUCAUAUAAGACUUGCCAAACGCUUUGAACUGCUUGUUAAAAAGGAUUUAAGAUUCGAAUUAUGUAAUGAAGUUGUGUUAGGUUUAGUGUGUUUUCGUGCCAAAGGAUCAGAUAAAUUGAAUCAGAAACUUUUAAGUACUAUCAACGAUUCAGGAAAAAUACACAUGGUUCCAGCAAAGGUUAAUCAAAGAUAUACAAUACGAUUUGCUCUUGCUGCACCAAAUGCAACAACAGAAGAUGUCGAUAUGGCAUGGAGUAUCAUAACUGAUUUCUUAUCCGAAAUUUUAGAGUCUAAGGAUGUUAUGGAUGAACUCGCAGAUAUUCGAGAAAAGAAAAGAAAAGCAACACUUGAACAAAGACGUUCUUUCUUUGUGCGUAUGGUUUCUGAUCCAGCAAUUCAACCUGGUUUCACCAAAACUCCAAAUCGCAUAAAACUUGAUACUCAAGUAACGAUUGCUAGCAUUAGUCCUAAUACACAAAUACCCAUACGUUCAUGGAUCUCAUGGCCACUUGCUUAUUUAAUGCAUGCUCGUGAUGCAGCAGAUACUAGCGAAUUAUCUUUAAGGUUUCGCCAUCUAGAUACAAUGGUACGAUUAAAGAAAAUUGGUAGAGGAAGUCGACGAGAUAACAGUAAUGGAUGUAGCCCUGAGCCUUCUCCAUCUGUUUCACCAUCCCGAUUAUCCAAUGGAAGAACUUAAAUUGGAAAGCAAAAUGUAGCUAUUAAAUAUAUAAAAAUUUUAAUUUUAAAUACUUAUAAUCAAUCGUCUAGUCAUCUCGGAUAUGGAUGAAAAUUGUUCGGAUACAAGACAAUGAGUAAUUCAUUAUUAGAGUACCAGUACACGAUAAGCACAUGAUUUAUAAAUAACUGUAUUAACGUAAUCUUUACAAUAAAACUUAAUA